AUGACAACACCGUCAACCUCUCACUCUGUCGCCGGGAGUGACGCGACGACGAAUGCGCAAGCCGACAAGGACGCGUUUGUACGGAACUCCAUCGCCGUCACCGCAGAGAAUCUCAAAGACGCCCUCGCCGACCUGAAACGCCAGUGCGAAGCUCUUGAAGGCUCCUCCUCCAAGGUGUACAUCUCGGGCAGCAUCACCGUCGAAGUCAGGACGCCUGUUUCGCAAUCGCAUCAAAUCUCGGUAGUGGACGACUUGGAGGCCGAUCCGCCAUCUCUAGGCGUCGUCGUCAAGCAGCUGGACAAGGCAGGCGCCGUCAAUGGCAAUACCAAAGUACCGUCCGAUGCUCCCUCAGCCCCAUCACCAUACUCUCAUCCGUUUUUCGCGCCAGCAAGCACCAACUUAAUCGACCUGGAUAGAGCGCUUGAGAGCGAUCUGAUCCCCCGGAGAAAGCGCAAGCGCGAUGAUGGGGAAGAAGAAGAAAGCAAUAUGAACGGUCAGGGCAGCGCACGAAAGCGCCUUCGUGAAGACUUGGACGACGAACCGAUGGAAGCGGACGAAAAGGACUUGAUGGACAUGUCUAGCAAGGAGUUUCAAACGCUGCUAUCGGAGCUCAGAGACGACGUGCAAGAGGAUACAACAGCCGGCCUAAACCAUCUGCAGCGUCUGCUGCGCAGAUGGCGGGAGCAAUGGCGCGAGAAGAACGGUUGGCUCUUCGACUAUUUCAAGCUGCAGCACGAGGAAGAGCGCAGGAAGAAGCAAUGGUUCGAAGCGAAGUUCAAAGCUUUGGAGGACGCGCUAGGCACAGGAGACACUCCUAUCGAAGACGAAUUAGCAGAAGGGGGCGAAGUUGCAGACAAGGCACACAAAAUCAUGGCGCAAUUCCGGAACCUAUCGAACCAGAUACGCUGGGUCGAAGACUGCCGCCGCAUUGCCGAUGAGGCCCACGACAUCAAGGAGGAUAAUUGGCGCAUAACCUCUGCUACCUUCCACGACAACAGCCAACAAAGGCAGCAAAGCCACGAGAACUGGGUGAAAGCGGAGUUGAAGAAACAGGGCAACGUGCUCACACAGGUACUGACCGAAGUCAGAGGCCUGUCGAAUCUAACCAUGAGCCUGAAGUGGGAGACGCCGACAGGCCCAGCUCCAAAUACGGCUUCGACCAACCGCGCGCCGGUGCCUAUUCCAAGAAUGGCAAAAUCAAGAGCGCCGCCAUUUCCUACGCUUCCGGAUGGGGACGUGCAAGUUGUGCCUAGGAACAACAUUGCGCGCGCCAAUCGGCCAUCUUCCUGA